AUGUCUUUUGUUGCGGCAACGUGCACGCUCAUAGAAAUCGUCAAAUACAUGAGCGAAGCCUUGACGCCGUGGACCGUGCUGUUCACCCACGUUGUCAAACUAACGUGCGCUUCGGCGAUCCUGGCCCUCGACGUGGUGUUUAUGCGCAAGAGAAGGAAUACCAGUCACUUGUCGGUAUCGGCUUGGACGUCGCUUUAUUGUACGUGUCGAACCGUGCAAGCACCCCUGACCCUCCCUGCCUCCCUCCCUCGUCCUUCACGGCUAAUCAUUCUCUGUAGUAUCACGGCCAUCACGCUGGCAAUCUACGCCAUUCUCACGUACAGGCGACUGUCGGCGUUUGACGACUACGUGCGCCCGGCCAACGUCAAAGGGUACGGCUUCAACGACGGCGAAGACGCCGACUUUUCAUACACCAGCCGCCUGAGCAUCCUACGUUCCGUGGAUAAACGCGGGCCCGUUGGCUCACACCGCCCGAGCAUCGGGUCUCUUCGAUCCGCCAAAAACGAACCGGUCAUGUUGAACGAUAUGCAACGAGCGCCAAGCUACUACAGCCACGAGCGAGAUACGCAGUUUGACGAAUACGUGGCGCGCCGGGGUUCGCUCGGCGCCAGAUCAGAUUUCGAGCGGCGGACGAGCAGCGACUACAGACGGGAUAGCCCCCCGGGAGACGUGUCGCCGGACUCGCUCGUCGUGACGGGCACGGUGCCAAGCCGCACUCGAGGUGCCAGCAUCACGCGUGAAGUUAGCUACACCAGCGACCAUGUGCUGGUUGCUGUGCCCGAAGAAGACCACGAGGCGCCGGGUGAGGCUGCUCGGCAGAGCGACAGGACGACUUUGCUGGGGGGCAGUCUACGGAACAGCGACGAGAGCAUUAUGCAGCUUCGCCCGGUUCUUCAAGAGGUGGAUGUUCCGGAGCCCAAGUGGCGGCGGGAGCAGGGCUCUGAUGAGAAUACGAUAUACCCUCGAUGA